AUGGCAGGCCUGGGGCUGGCCCUUGCCCUGGCCGGGCUGCUGAUCCUGCCGGCGGCCAGCGGCCUGCCCCUGCGCCCCGGCCCGCGGGACGAGGUCCUGGCGGCGGCCUUGCAGCGGCUGCGGGAGGUCUUCGACAUCGAGGAGCUGCCGCCCGACGUCCUGCCCCGCAAGAAGCCGCCCCAGUUCAUGGUGGAUCUCUUCAACAAGGUGGCCGACGCGAACGGCAUCACCCGCGCCCCGGGGCUGCUGGAGAGCGACGUGGUGCGCAGCUUCGAGGACCGAGUUCACGUGGACCAGCACCACUUCUACUUCGACAUCAGCGCAAUGGAGAAGGGCGAGCAGAUGCUGAAAGCCGAGUUCAGGGUCUUCAAGCUGAAGAGGACACAUGUGUCUAGGAGGUCUGAUGUGAAACACUUCUGCAAAGUGGAAGUGUAUGAGCUCUUGGAGAGUGGAAGCAAACCACAAAAAAAACAUCUCGUUGCUUCAAGGUUAUUGUCCGUCUACACAGAAGGCUGGGAAGUAUUCAACGUCACACAGGCAGUUUCCAAGUGGGUUGGAAACAGCAGCUCCAACCAUGGCUUUUUGAUAACUACAACACAUGUAUUCAACAAUAGAAUUGAGCACAACCUGGUUAAGUUUGCUAAGAGCCAGGGCACUUUGCAGGAGAGUAGAAAUGCUCUCCUUGUCCUCUUCACCAACAGUAACAAACGGAGGUCUUCCAGCUUCAUACCCUCUGCCACAAAACCAGAGAUGAAGCCUGCCAAAAAUGAUGCUUCACGCAUGCCUCGUGAAACUCAGGUCACUGAAAGCAGCAAUGCAGGCAUGAGCAGGAGACCUCGAGCUGCUGAAGUCCCUUCUGCCAAAAGCCAGGUAACAGCCUGUCAUCGAAGGGAACUCUACGUUGACUUCCGUGCUAUUGGCUGGUCAGGAUGGAUUAUUUACCCAAAUGGAUACAAUGCAUUUUAUUGCAGAGGAUCCUGUCUCUUUCCGUUGGGGGAAAGUCUAAAUGCAACAAACCAUGCUACAGUUCAGUCCAUAGUCCAUACACUUAAACUGUCUCAGGAUAUCAGUACGCCUUGCUGUGUACCAGAUGAAUUGAAGUCCCUCAAUCUUCUCUACUUUGAUGACAAAGAAAAUGUGGUCCUGAAAAACUAUAAAGACAUGGUGGCAACAAGGUGUGGUUGCCAUUAG